UGGCACUCGGCGCGGCUGAGGGAGCCACGGUGCCACGGCCAGGCGCGGACACGGAGACCCGGCGAGCGGAGCCCUGGCGAUGGACUGCCUGGAGGAGUUCCGUCGGCGCUGGCAGGAGGAGCUGGUGCAGGCCCAGGCGCUGAGGAGGCGGCGGCAGCCCAACGCCGACCGGAGGCAGAGGCGGGCGGAGCAGGCCCAAGGGCGUGGCGAGCCGGCCUCUGGCUACCUGGCGCUGGCCCAGGGCCUCCUGGAGGGCGCGGGGAGGCCCCCUGCGGCGCGGGGGCCCCGGGGAGAAGGGCAGGAUGCAGCGGGUCGUUCUCGCUCUCCGCCGGCCCGCGAGGACCUCGUGACCAGGGACCAGCUGUUGGACCAGCUCAUCCGUGACCUGAAUGAAAUGGAUGAUGUCCCCUUUUUUGAUGUCCAGCUGCCUUACGAAUUGGCAGUCAAUAUAUUUCAGUACCUGAGCAGGAGUGAUCUCGGCAGAUGUGCACAGGUGAGCAAGACAUGGAAGGUGAUUUCAGAAGAUGAAGUGCUGUGGUACAGACUGUGCCAGCAGGAAGGGCACCUUCUCCAGAGCAGCAUUGCUGAUUAUUCCUGCUGGAAGCUCAUCUUCCAGGAGUGCCGAGCCAAGGAGCACAUGCUCAAGACCAACUGGAAGAAGCGCAAAGGAGCUGUGAGUGAGCUGGAGCACGUUCCGGAUGCUGUUCUGUGUGAUGUUCAUUCUCAUGAUGGAGUGGUCAUUGCUGGAUACACAUCAGGAGACGUGCGGGUGUGGGACACCCGCACCUGGGACUACACCGCCCCCUUCCUGGAAUCGGAGUACGAGGAGGACGAGCCUGGAAUGCAGCCAUAUGUCUCCUUUGUGAAGAUAAACUGCGCGCUGGCGGUAGCGGCCUAUGAGGAUGGAAUCCUUAAUAUUUGGGACCUAAGGACUGGGAAGUUUCCUGCUCAUCGUUUUGAGCAUGACGCAAGAAUACAGGCACUGGCCCUCAGCCGGGAAGACGCGACUGUUGCCACCGCCUCUGCCUUCGAUGUCACAAUGCUGUAUCCGAAUGACGAAGGCUACUGGCACAUUGGUGCAGAAUUUGAAGUUCAGAAAUUGGUUGACUACCUUGAAAUAGUUCCAGAUACCGGAAGGUACCCUGUGGCAAUCGCCACCGCUGGAGAUCUGGUCUACCUGCUCAAAGCCGACGACGCUGCCAGAACCUUGCAUUACGUCUACGGCCAGCCUGUCACGUGUCUCGAUGUCUCAGCCAAGCAAGUUGCUUUUGGCGUGAAGAGUUUGGGAUGGGUGUACGAGGGAAACAAGAUCCUGGUGUGCAGUCUCGAAGCGGAACGCUGCAUCUCGAAGCUGGGGAAUGCGCUUGGUGACUUCACAUGUGUCAACCUCCGAGACAGUCCUCCCAGCCUCAUGGUCAGCGGCAACAUGGACAGGAGGGUGAGGAUCCACGACCUCCGCACGGAUAAAAUCGCCCUGUCGCUCUCUGCCCAUCAGCUGGGCGUCGCCUCAGUCCAGAUGGACGAGUGGAAGAUCGUCAGUGGAGGCGAGGAGGGGCUCGUCACCGUGUGGGACUACCGCAUGAACCAGAAGCUGUGGGAGGUGCAUUCCCGGCACCCGGUCCGCCACCUCGCCUUCAACAGCCACAGCCUCAUCACUGCCAACGUGCCCUAUGAGCGCGUGGUGCGCCAUGCCGACCUGGACAGCAGCACCACGCACAGGAGGCACCGGGGGCUGAUCCACGCCUAUGAGUUCGCAGUGGACCGGCUGGCCUUCCAGAGCACUCUGCCCGUCUUCCGCUCGCCCUUCGCCACCAUGGGUGGCUACGACUAUGACCUGACGCCUACCUUGCCCUAUGACACCGUGGGAGCAGGGAGAAAGUGAGAAGCCCUUGCACAAAGACACCUGUGAGCACAGAGGUGUGCCUCCCCCCUUCUCUGCCCACAGGUGAUGCACCCGCCUCGCUCCUGCCUCCCCACCAGCUUCCCCUCGCGCGCUACCUUCCCUGCCUCGCUCUCCCCUCGGCGCCUGCAGGCUGUGGGCAGUGCUUUGUCUCUGCUGCAGCAGCCCUGGCUUAUAAUUACAUAUUGACACACGUGUGUCCUUCGUGAUUCUCUUACUCGUGUGCCCAUAUGUUGUAAUAGCACUUAAGUACUGCGGGUGUGUGUGUGUGUUGCUACAGGAAGGAGGAUCCUAAGCCCCUGAGGAAGCAGGGCAGCCGAGGCCCAUUCAGUUAGAGAAGAGGCAUAGCUCCUGCGUCCUUAAGGGGUGAGGUUGACGCCAGGACUCGUCCGAAGUCCUCGAAGACAGGCUCAGUCUACAGCAGGGACGCCCCUCCUCAUGGCACCAAACAGCAUACUUCGCAAGUCACAGGUUUAAGUAGGGAAACGGACUACCAACCCCUCCCGACGGGAAGGGUGGUGAGCAAAGGCAGUUGGCACCCUGGCGGGGCCGGGAGCAGGUGUGGUUUUUGUAGAAAGUCUAUGUGAACUGAGCUGUUCCUCCAAGCUUGGAGCAGAGGCUCAGCCCGCACAGUCGUGAUCUAGCCCCGCUGCAGCAGUAAAGCCUUCCUGAGUACCCUGUAGGAGACAGGUUCCUCUGGAGGAUAAGGGACAAGAAGGGGCCAUGAGAAACAAGCAGGGGGAUCCCUCAGGGAUCCAGGGGCUGAGCGCGGCAGGGCCGGCCGGCCAUGAGUGGGAGGCUUGGCCAGACGCAGGGCUGCUCUGGAGAAGUGUCCCGGCAGUUAACUCUGUUUCCUCUCCACCAAACGAACUUCUGACAGGAAGCCAGCCUUCGGUGAGCCUCAGCCCCUGCACCACUGACAGGUCACUUAAAGACUUAGAGGACAUUUGACCAGUGAGCAGUCUUGAACAACUGCUGUCCUCUGCUGACGGCUGGUCCCCUGUAAAGGGCUCCCAGCACGGGCGUUUUUCCUCGCCCCAGCCAUGGGGCACUUGCCCGGCUCUGCAGAGCAGCUCACUAGACCCGCACUGGGAGCUUCAUGCAGCCCGGCCUGGCUGGGGGAGCAACCCACGUUUGUCCCCCACCAGCUGCCUUGAUGUUUUUACAAGCCACUGCCUACUCUGCUUCUGCUCUUAGCAUCUCAAGCACUUCCUCCACCCACCACAGCACAGGCUCAGACCGGCCCUGGGGGAGCCCAGGGUCGAUGUUGCCCCAGGAUCGCUCCUCGCGCUUGCUUCCUGCUCCGUGAUGUCCCCGUGUUUGUUCUACGAUUAAACCUCUAGUCUACGUA